AUGCAGAGCUCUGCAAUCCCACGUGGUAAAUCAGUCGACGGAAAAAUCGGAGCCCGCCCAUGUCGGAGGAUCCUCGAGUGUUCGUAAACUGUAAUCAUGUUCUCCAGAUAUCUUUGGCUGUCGCUGCUAUUGAUGAUCGUGUACUUCUUGUAUUCGCGCGGCUUCAUCGAGGAGAUCAGGUACCACUUGACGGGAGGAACGUUGAAUACAGCUGACACGGUGCGUGUUGCACCGAAUGAAAAUUCCGGCGGGCCAGAAAGGAUGUUCACCACGAGCGAAUUGCAGCGAUAUACAAAUCUGGAAGACGGCUUGUACCUCUCGAUCUUGGGCCACGUCUUCGAUGUGACGAAAGGGGAAAAGCAUUACGGACCUGGAAAAAAUUACUAUGCUUUCACGGGUCGCGAUGCCUCCUUGGCAUUUAUUACUGGAGAGUUCGAUGCUGCAGGUUUAACGGACGACACAUCUAGUUUAUCGCCGCGACAAGUCAAAGCGUUGGACGACUGGCUGCAAUUUUACAAAGCAAACUACAUCUACAAAGGAAAAUUACACAGUAGAUACUAUGAUCAAGAUGGCAGUCCGACUGCUGAAUUUUACGAGGUACAAGAAAAGCUGUUAUUUGCCAAAAGGGAGAAAGCACUGGAGGAGGAACAGGAUAGGAUGUUCCCACCUUGUAACGUAGAAUGGAAUCUGGAUACUGGUACUGUAUUCUGGUGUACUAAAAGAAGCGGUGGGAUUGACAGAGAUUGGGCAGGCGUGCCAAGAAUGUUGUUCGAGACUGCACGCGGACAGAGUUCGCCUAGAUGCGCUUGCAUCAAUUUGAAUAGCAAGGAAUACGAGGAGAACAAAGCUAGAUUGAGAGAAUACAAUGGCUGUGAUGAACACGCAACAAAAUGCACUCUGAAGACGAAUAACACAUGACGCGGAGAAAGUAUUAUACAAUGUCUUUAUCUGCAGAAUUUCAGAUACAUUUAUAUUUUAUAUAAUAAUAUCACAAUGCGAAAAUACAUAGAUUUAAGUCAUUAACUUUAUGUAUUCAUAUUUUUUUAUAAUUUUAUAUUUGUUACAGUUAGUGCCUUUUACGAAAGUAUAGAUGAAUACAAGAUUUUGUAUAAAAACUCAGUGAUACUAGCACUAAUCUUAAAAUGGAUAAGAUUUACAAGUCUCUUAUCUGUUUUAAUACAUAAAGAUAACGCAUGACGUAUGUAAUACAAAGCACGAUAUUAAAAAAAACAAAAACAUUUUGUUCCUAAAGGAAUGAAUGUAUUUCAAUCUUAAAUGAUCAGUCUUUUCGCUUUCGUUCUUAAUAUUGAAAACUUAAUGUGGUCUUUUCAGACACUUAUUACACAGGAAAGUUUAAUAUAUUUAAGAAAAAGAUGUUUCCAUUGUUACUUAAUAAUAUAUGUAUAUAAAACAUUUUGAAAUAAUUAAAUUUGAACUGCAAAUGCAAUAUGUAGUGCGAACAAUGUUGAAGGUUCUCAUUUUCUCAUUGUUAAACUGAAUUACAUGUAUUAAAAAAAA